CAACGCAGGUGGACGCGAUGCGAUUCGGAGCUGGGCGACGUUGGAGCUGUUCAACGUUCUCGGUUAUAUAAAGGAACCUAGAAAAGAAAUUCGCACGAGUGUGUUUGUGUAUUUAUUUAUUUAUUUCUGCCUUCUUGCUUUGUACCACUGCGAGGUGGGUGGGUGAGCGCUUAGCAGUUGGUGCUGCAUUCCCCUUUGCUUGUUGGUGCAAUGUGCGAAGCGAGCAGCUCCUACGUGACAUGGAGGUGUGCGAUUUGGGCGACCGCCGUUUGCAGCAUGCGUUUUGACUGGUAUUCGAUGUGGUGUCUUAUCUGCUGAGGGGAGGCUGGGUUUCCAGACCUUGAGGAUCAACCCCCAUGGGCUGGGGAUGUAAACAACUGGACCGGGGCCAUGGAGCGCGUUGCCAUAGAGACCUGAGAGCGGGCAGAACGGUAUCGCCGGGAGGAGUAGGAGCUGUUUACCGAGAGCACAGAUGCUUCCAGCAAGCGACAAAACUCGGGUCACAUUCACAAGGAAGGGAGUAAAGGCAGCACGCUUGCACAGACAUGCGUCCCCGGUCCAGACUCCUGGCCAAGAAGCGGCUGCCCACCAUCAGGGAGGGAUCGGAGGAGCUGCUGCAGGACAUGAACCAGACGAACAGCUGCCGCUCUCCCGGCGCCGGGCACCAGGAAGCGCUCUCCUCCGAGGCCUACCUGCAGUCCAUUUGCCAGCUGGCGCGGCCUGCCUUCCCCGUCCGCGAACCUGACCGUGACAUCCUGGCCCUGGGCUCGCUGGACCAGCUCAAACCCGGCGUUCCCACUUGGCCCCCGUCCCCCGUCACCCGCCGCUACACCCACAGGGAUGGACAGCCAGGACACGGUGUUGGUGCUCAGUCCCUCUCCGACACCGGCGCACCCGACCCCCUAGAGUACCUGUAUGGACACCGGAACACCUCCUCGCAGGAUGCCCGGGGGAAGCAGCCUCUCCCUCCCAGAGGGGGCGGAGCCACAACAGAGAGCCGGUGCCUGGUGCGAGCCAACAGUUUCCCCCGCUUGUCUUCGCCUCGUCACACCCAGCGCAAGAGCAGCUGCCCCGAACUCAGCCUGCGGGACGCAUGCGGCCCCGUCGCGGCUUCCGCGGAGCCCCGCUCGCCCCCCAAAAGCAGCAGGAGGCCUCCUACGGGAGGAAAGGAGAAGUGCGGCGCCUCCGCGGACAGACAGUCCAUGAUCUCGCACUGGAUGGCGGACUGCCGCAGCGCCUGGAGGGAGGCCCGAAUGCGCUCCUGCAUGCUGCCCGCCAUCGCCGAGAUAUAGGCGGAGCCGGGGUGCCUCCAAGGGGGGUCUCCCUCUUCUCACUUAACGCAGGAACGCCACUCGGUCCUCAUUAAGCUUGGCAGAGGUUGUGCGCACAAGCACACACACACACACACUCCUGUUUAGGAACAUUCCAGAAGAAACACGGUCCAGGUGUUGUCUCAGUGCAUCACGUUUGUCGAGCGAGCAUUUUCCACAGCAGCGAGACGCGACGUCAGCUGUGAUCAUUCCUCACGGCACCCGGGUACAGUGUCAAUCCCCGCGUCAUUCCCACCCGGACUGGUCCCCGGACAGUUCCGUGUGAAAAAGAAGGACUCGGUCUUGCUGUCAUACUCCUUCCGUGCUGUUAUUUGAAGCGACAGCGCCCACAUCUUUCAGGCAGCGUUCACUCUCGUACCGUCGAUGUCUUCGAGAUCUCAAAGGGCCUUUCGGGGUAGAUGUUACCGGCAGCUCCAGGAGUAACAUUUUCUGUGUGUGUUUGUUAGAGGGUAGGUUUUAUUUCUGCAGGAUAAUUAAAAAAAAGGGUUCUCACACUUUCUCCCAGCUGGACAAAGAGCUGGAACGUGUACAAAAGUCCCUUUCCUUUAGCUGACGAUCCUUAACCCGCGGCACGUGAAACUGCCACCUUCGUGGUUCUUACUCCAGAGUUUUAGCGCUUCUACAGCCUGCUAGUUGUGAAUGGACCCAACACAUGUGUUCGGUACAACACUAAAUGUGGACGGUACUAACCAGCAAUAUGGUCUGAAUAUAUGUCUCUAUGAAAAUAAAAGCACCACUCCUGUGUACCACUGUCCGAAUCUUUCAUUUAAUAUAGAGCUCCUUUUAUAAAAUGUAGGAUAUGUUAUGACAACGAACGCAUAGUUCAGGUACUAUAUCGAAUUCAUCUGAUUGGUCCUCCAGCGUGUGGUGAGAUGUUUUAUCUAUUGUAUAUAAUAGCACAUGUAAAGAUAUACUCUGCAGGAGUGUAAAACUGUGAAAAGGUUGAGAUUUUGUGGUGAUUUUAAGCUCUUCUAAUUUUUGUACCUCUGUCCACUG